UACUUAUUUUUGCAUGGUACUUUGAACUCUGUAUGAACACCAGCUUAACUGUGGCUCAUUCUGUAUAAAGCAGAUGCAGUGAAUGUAUUUCAGGAGAAGAUGGGAGUGUAUUUGUUGAUAGUGCUGUUGUCUGUUUUCCCAGAGUCCUUCAGUAAAGUCCAAGAGCUGAAGGUGGAUUUGGACUUUCCUGGACAUGAUGUUCUGCAGAUUUACUCCCCCGACGCCCAGCACUGUCAGCUCGCCUGCACACAACACCAUUCCUGUUUAUUCUUCACAUUUCUCCGGGCGGAUUGGAGCAAAGACGACAGGAAAUUUUACUGCUACCUGAAGCACACAGCCUCCGGAAUGCCGUCUCUGGUUGUAGACAUGAGGGGUGUGACGUCCGGCUUCUCACUCGGCUCAGAGUACAAAAAAAAUGCCUGUCUGUCAUCUAUAUAUCAGGACGUAGAUUUCCCAGGAUCAGACUAUCUCAAUUUGCCCUUAAAUACUUCUGAUGACUGUCAGAAAAAAUGCACCAGUGAUCCAGACUGCAAGUUUUUCUCUUUCGCAACAGAGAACUUUCCAGACGCAAACACCAGGAAAAAAUGCUUUCUAAAGUACAGCUGGACAGUUCCAAUACCUCCAGAAAUCCGUAACACACCUGGUGUUACAUCAGGUUUUUCAGAUUCGUUGUAUAAGGCUAAGGGAACUGAAAAAGAAUGUAAUGAGGAGAUCCUCAUCGACAGAGAUUACCCGGGAAAUGACUUUGAGAAUGUCCUUGCUGCUUCACCUCAGCACUGUCAGUUCCUGUGUAGCACACAUCCCCGCUGCAACCAUUUUUCAUAUUCAUCUUCAAAAUAUUCUAUAAGUAAUACCUGGUACAAUAUGCGUUGCUUCCUGAAGUAUAAGCAAGAUGUAAGCCAGCUGGUGCCUGCUAAAGUAAAAGAAAGUUAUUCUGGAUUUCCAACAAAAAACUGCAAACUGUCAAACGUUUGGGCAACAACACGCUAUGAAAAUAUCGACUUCUUUGGCUAUGAUAACCGUCAUUUUAUAACGGACACAUCCGAAGCCUGUAGAGAAAUGUGCACAGCAGACCCAUACUGCCAAUUUUACACUUAUGCCCUAACAUCUUUCCAUGACAGAGACUACAGGCAUAGAUGCUACGUGAAGCAGGUCAUGAUUUUGCCCAGACCUGAAAAGGUUGUGUAUAUGCGCGGUGUGCGAUCUGGCUUCUCGCUGAGGAACUGUAAUGCUGGUGAAGAUGAAUAUACUGCCAACCUCGGGACUGCAAACUGUGGAAAGUCUGAUGAUAAUAAGGCUAGGAUUUUCGGAGGAUCUGAUGCCUCAGCAGGUAACUGGCCCUGGCAGGUUAGCCUGCAAAGGAGAAAAAAACACAUCUGUGGUGGUUCCAUCAUUGCCAACAGAUGGAUCCUGACUGCAGCACACUGUCUAGCUCAGCCAUACGCACAGUUUUCUGUUCGGGUUGGACUAACUAAGCUAUCAGAAGCUGGUACGGAGUAUGAGUGGGAAAACAUCAUUAUACAUCCUAACUACAGUACAAGCAGUUUUCAAAAUGAUAUCGCCCUGAUAAAACUCAAGAAAACCGUCACAUUCAAUAAUAUUGUACGUCCAGUCUGUCUGAUGGAGGCAGGAAAGGAAGCCAGAUUUCUUGAGGAAAAAUGCACUGUGACUGGAUGGGGAAGGCUUAAUUCAGGUUCAUUCCCAGAUAUACUGCAGGAAGCCCAGGUUCCUCUCAUGAGUUCGGAGGUGUGUGCAAAAGUGCUGUCAAAAGAAGAUUUGGAGCCUUAUAAAGUUCUUUCCUCUAAUUUGUGUGCUGGAUAUCCUGAGGGUAAAAUAGACACCUGUGAUGGGGAUUCUGGAGGUCCGCUGGUGUGUAAAGAUGGGAGCACCUGGUAUCUAACAGGACUAACCAGCUGGGGAUUGGACUGUGCACAGCCAAAUAUCCCUGGAGUGUACACUCGUGUUUCCUACUAUAUACCCUGGAUUAGGAGUGUGAUAGCAAAUGCUUAAGCACUGGGCAGCUCAUAUGACUGGAAGGUCCUAAACAAUUGGAAAAUAUGGACCCUUGAUGAGAAGGCAGGUCAUCCAUCUUCACCGAGGAACAACAGACUCUUGCCUGACAUACUUGCCGAGAUAGAUGCAUCAUUAAAACAUUUCUUGCCAAACCUUCAUCAGAAUAACAAUCUGACAAGGACAAUUUUGGCAUUGUUGACAUUGUUAUUUUUCAAUUAUUUGAAACAAUAAAAAAAAAUUGGG